AUGAAAUCGUCGGAACACCUAUCUCCAAAUGCUUCACCGUCGAGAGCGAAGCGAAUCGGGAGAGGAAGAAGCACGACUUCAAUCCGUGCUCACAAGCUGCCAGCUGGCACUGAAGUGAUAGAGCCAUUGCCUUCGUACGGACGGGGGAGAGACACAGAUGGUGGAAGAAGAUUCAUCAGUCUACUUUUCGGUUCCAACUUAACCGACGUGGUUAUCACCGGUGAAAAUGGCACGAUUGAUGGACAAGGAGAGCCAUGGUGGGGAAAAUUCAAGGGAGGAGAAUUAAAAUACACAAGACCAUAUUUGAUUGAGAUUAUGCAUUCUGAUGGUAUUCAAAUCUCCAAUCUCACAUUCUUGAAUUCUCCUUCUUGGCACAUUCACCCGGUCUACAGCAGCAAUAUUGUUAUCCAAGGGUUGACGAUAUUAGCACCGGUCACGGUACCAAUCACCGACGGGAUCAACCCUGAUUCUUGUACAAACACGAGGAUCGAAGACUGCUACAUUGUGUCCGGAGACGAUUGUAUCGCUGUGAAGAGUGGAUGGGAUCAGUACGGAAUCAACUACGGCAUGCCCACGAAACAGCUUUUGAUCCGACGGCUCACAUGCAUUACCCCUGACAGCGCCGUGAUCGCUUUAGGCAGCGAGAUGUCCGGUGGAAUUGAAGAUGUUCGAGCUGAAGAUAUCGUCGCCAUCAACUCUGAAUCAGGAAUAAGGAUCAAAACAGCUAUUGGUCGAGGAGGGUACGUGAAGGAUGUGUACGUAAGAGGCAUGACGAUGCAGACGAUGAAAUACGUUUUCUGGAUGACCGGAAGCUACGGUUCGCAUCCCGACGAGCAUUAUGAUCCGAAUGCUUUACCGGUGAUUCAGAACAUUAACUAUCAAGACAUGGUGGCGGAGAACGUGACGAUGCCGGCUCAAUUGGCCGGGAUCACGGGAGAUCAGUUCACUGGGAUAUGUAUCUCUAACGUGACGAUCACGCUUUCUAAGAAACCUAAGAAAGUGCUUUGGAAUUGUACGGACGUGUCUGGUUACACGAGCGGUGUGACUCCGGAGCCGUGUCAGUUGUUGCCGGAGAAGCAGCCGGGGACGGUUGUGCCGUGUAACUUCCCUGAAAGUUCGAUACCCAUUGAUGAAGUGAAGCUCCAACGUUGCUACUCCAGGAGAAGGCUCAUGUGAAGAUGAAAACGUUUUAUUUUUCUUUUAUAAAUACAUUUAUUGGCUUAUAAGAGAACGUUUUAACGAAUGGGAUGGACUUUAAUGAAUAAAUGAAAAAGCUUUAUGGGACAAAA